AUGGCGACCCUGGAGAAGCUCAUGCGGGCCUUCGAGUCCCUCAAGUCGUUCCAGCAGCAGCAGCCGCCGCCUCCGCCGCCGCCGCCGCCGCAGUCGCAGUCGCAGUCGCAGUCGUCUCGGCUUCCCCCGGCGUCGGCGUCGCCGCCGCCGCCGCCGCCCCCGCCCCCGCCGCCGCCUCCGGGCCCGGCCGGGCCCGAGGAGCCGCUGCAGCGACCAAAGAAAGAACUCUUGGCUACCAAGAAAGACCGUGUGAACCACUGUCUGACAAUAUGUGAGAACAUAGUGGCACAAUCUCUCAGAAAUUCUCCAGAAUUUCAGAAGCUCCUGGGCAUUGCCAUGGAGCUCUUCCUGCUGUGUAGUGAUGACGCCGAGUCAGAUGUGAGGAUGGUGGCUGAUGAAUGUCUCAACAAAGUCAUAAAGGCGCUGAUGGACUCCAACCUCCCACGGCUACAGCUCGAGCUUUAUAAGGAAAUAAAAAAGAAUGGCGCUCCUCGGAGCCUGCGUGCUGCCCUGUGGAGGUUUGCUGAGCUGGCACACCUGGUCCGGCCCCAGAAAUGCAGGCCAUACCUGGUCAACCUAUUGCCUUGUCUGACUCACACAAGCAAGAGACCUGAGGAGUCUGUUCAGGAGACCUUGGCUGCAGCAAUCCCCAAGAUUAUGGCUUCCUUUGGCAACUUUGCGAAUGACAAUGAAAUUAAGGUUUUGUUGAAGGCUUUCAUCGCUAACUUGCAUGCCAAUUCCCCGACUGUACGGCGCACCGCGGCUGGUGCUGUUGUCAGCAUUUGCCAGUACUCCCGGAGGACACAGUACUUCUACAGCUGGCUGCUCAGUGUGCUCCUGGGCUUGCUUGUUCCCAUUGAGGAUGGACACUCCACACUUCUCAUUCUCGGGGUGCUGCUCACACUGAGGUAUUUGGUACCCCUACUGCAGCAGCAGGUCAAGGAUACCAGCUUGAAAGGCAGCUUUGGGGUGACACGGAAGGAAAUGGAGGUCUCACCUUCGACAGAGCAGCUUGUUCAGGUAUACAAGCUGGCCCUGCACUACACUCAGCACCAGGACCACAAUGUUGUUACCGGCGCGUUGGAGCUCCUGCAGCAGCUUUUGCGUACCCCCCCACCAGAGCUUCUGGUCACCCUGACCAUGGCCGGCGGUUGGGGGCAGCUGGUGGGUGCCAAGGAUGAGUGGGACUGCCGGAGUCGGAGCGGGAGCAUUGUGGAGCUGAUUAUUGGAGGAGGGUCUUCCUGCAGCCCCAUGCUUUCCAGAAAACAAAAAGGGAAGGUGCUCCUGGGAGAAGCAGCUGCCCUGGAGGACGACUCGGAGUCGAGGUCAGAGGGCAGCAGCCCAGCCUUUGCAGCCUCUGUUAAGGGGGAGACCAGUGGUGAGCUGGCUGCCCCCACGGGCCUCUCCACACCUGGCUCGACCGACUCGGCCUUGCAUGACAUCAUCACGGAGCAGCCACGCGCGCAGCACACACUGCAGCCCGACUCGAUGGACCUGAGCACAGCCACCAAUGGUGACGAGGAGGACAUUCUGAGCCCUAGCUCCAGCCAGAUCAGUACUGUUCCAUCUGACCCCACCCUGGACCUCAAUGACGGCACACAGGCCUCAUCGCCCAUCAGUGAGAGCUCCCAGACCACGACUGAGGGGCCAGACUCUGCCAUCACCCCUUCUGACAGUUCUGAAAUUGUCUUAGAUGGUGUGGAUGGCCAGUACUUGGGGAUCAGCCAGCCAGAGGAUGAGGACAUUUCCGAUGAAGCAUCAGAUGCCUUCCGAGGCUCCUCCCUUGCCCUGCAGCAGGCUCGCUUGCUGGACAGCUCGGGCCACAGCAGGCAGUCAUCUGACAGUAGCGUGGAACGCUUCCUGUGCCGAGAAGACGCACCUGAAGCUGGCAAGCUGGAAAACAAGCCCUGCCGGAUCAAAGGCAAUAUUGGUCAGUCCACAGACGACGAUUCUCCUCCUCUUGUCCACUGUGUCCGCCUUUUGUCAGCAUCAUUUUUGCUGACGGGGGAAAAGAAAGCCCUGGUUCCUGACAGGGACGUUCGGGUCAGCGUGAAGGCACUGGCACUCAGCUGUGUGGGAGCAGCAGUGGCCCUGCACCCCGAGGCCUUCUUCAGCAAACUCUACAAAGUCCCUCUAGACCGAACAGAAUACCCAGAGGAGCAGUACGUGUCUGAUGUCCUGAACUACAUUGACCAUGGAGACCCGCAGGUCCGAGGAGCCACUGCUCUCCUCUGCGGGACCCUUAUCUGCUCCGUCCUGAAACGGUCCCGCUUCCACGUGGGACACUGGACCAGCAACAUCCGAAUGCUGACAGGAAACUCUUUUUCUUUGGUGGACUGCAUCCCUUUGUUGCAGAAAACGCUCAAAGACGAGUCUUCUGUCACCUGCAAGUUGGCUUGCACAGCUGUAAGGCACUGCGUCAUGAGUCUGUGCAGCAGCUGUUACAGUGCGCUGGGCCUGCAACUGCUCACUGACGUGCUGAGCCUGAGGAACAGCUCCUACUGGCUAGUGCGUACUGAGCUCCUGGAGAUCCUGGCAGAGAUUGAUUUCCGGUUGGUGAGCUUUUUGGAGGCGAAAGCAGACCGCUUACACCGUGGAGCACAUCACUACACUGGGCUUUUGAACCUGCAGGAGCGAGUACUUGAUAAUGUUGUCAUCUAUUUGCUUGGGGAUGAAGACCCCAGGGUCCGGCAUGUUGCUGCAGCUACAUUAGUGAAGCUUGUCCCAAAGCUGUUCUAUAAGUGUGACCAAGGACAAGCUGAUCCAGUGGUAGCUGUGGCCCGGGACCAGAGCAGCGUUUACCUGAAGCUGCUCAUGCAUGAGACACAGCCAUCCUGCCACUUCUCUGUGAGCACGGUCACCAGAAUCUAUAGAGGCUAUAACUUACUGCCCAGCAUCACUGAUGUUACGAUAGAAAACAACCUUUCGAGAGUGAUUGCAAUGGUUUCUCGGGGCCUGAUCACAUCUACCACACGCGCACUCACGUUUGGAUGCUGUGAAGCCUUGUGUCUCCUCUCAACGGCCUUUCCCAUCUGCAUCUGGAGUUUGGGUUGGCACUGUGGGGUGCCCCUGCUGAGCGCCAGCAUUGAGUCCCGCAAAAGCUGCACGAUUGGGAUGGCGCCCAUGAUACUCACGCUGCUCUCAUCCGCCUGGUUCCCACUGGACCUCUCUGCCCACCAGGAUGCCCUCAUUCUGACUGGCAACUUGCUGGCAGCCAGUGCCCCUAAGUCCCUGCGGAACUCCUGGAGUUCUGAGGAUGAGGCUGCAUCCGGGAGGCAGGAGGAGGUGUGGCCCGCACUAGGGGACCGCAGCCUGGUGCCCAUGGUGGAACAGCUCUUCUCCCACCUGCUCAAGGUCAUCAACAUCUGUGCCCAUGUCCUGGAUGAUGUCACUCCUGGGCCCGCUCUCAAGGCAGCCUUGCCAUCUCUGACCAAUCCCCCAUCGCUGAGCCCUAUCCGCCGAAAGGGAAAGGAGAAGGAGUCUGUGGAAUCAGCGUCCGUGCCGCAGAGUCCAAAGAAGGGCAGCGAAGCUAGCCCAGCCUUUCGCCAAUCAGAUGUCUCAGGGACUGCUCCAGCCAACAAAUCGUCAUCACUGGGGAGUUUCUAUCAUCUUCCUUCCUAUCUAAAACUGCACGAUGUCCUGAAGGCCACACACGCUAACUACAAGGUCACCCUGGAUCUUCAGAACACCUCUGAGAAAUUUGGUAGCUUUCUUCGCGCUGCCCUUGAUGUUCUCGCACAGAUCCUAGAGCUGGCGACCUUGCAGGACAUUGGAAAGUGUGUUGAAGAGAUCCUGGGGUACCUGAAAUCCUGUUUCAACCGAGAACCCACCAUGGCGACUGUCUGUGUCCAGCAACUGCUAAAGACUCUCUUCGGGACCAACCUGGCCUCCCAGUUUGAAGGCCUGUCUACAAACCCCAGCAAGUGCCAAAGCCGUACCCAGCGUCUCGGCUCAUCGAGUGUGAGGCCUGGCUUGUACCACUACUGCUUCAUGGCUCCCUACACCCACUUCACCCAGGCCCUGGCCGAUGCAAGCCUGAGAAACAUGGUGCAAGCUGAGCAGGACCAUGAUCCCUCAGGCUGGUUCGAUGUGCUCCAGAAAGUGUCCACUCAACUCAAGAGCAAUCUCACUGGUGUCUCCAAGAUCCGUGCAGAUAAGAAUGCCAUUCACAGUCACAUCCGCUUGUUUGAGCCUCUGGUUAUCAAGGCACUGAAGCAAUAUACCACCACCACAUCUGUGCGGCUGCAGAGGCAGGUGCUGGACCUACUGGCACAGUUGGUUCAACUGAGGGUCAACUAUUGCCUACUGGACUCUGACCAGGUGUUUAUUGGAUUUGUCCUGAAACAGUUUGAGUACAUUGAAGUCGGCCAGUUCAGGGAAUCUGAGGCAAUUAUUCCAAACAUCUUUUUCUUCCUGGUGCUGCUAUCUUACGAGCGCUAUCAUUCUAAGCAGAUCAUCGGGAUCCCCAAAAUCAUCCAGCUCUGUGAUGGCAUCAUGGCCAGUGGCAGGAAGGCUGUGACCCAUGCCAUCCCGGCCCUGCAGCCCAUCGUUCACGACCUAUUUGUGUUGAGGGGAACUAAUAAGGCUGACGCAGGGAAAGAACUGGAAACACAGAAGGAGGUGGUGGUGUCCAUGCUUCUGAGACUCAUCCAGUACCACCAGGUGGUGGAGAUGUUUAUCCUGGUUUUGCAGCAGUGCCACAAGGAGAAUGAAGACAAGUGGAAGCGUCUGUCACGGCAGGUGGCAGAUGUUGUCCUCCCCAUGCUGGCCCGGCAGCAGAUGCACAUUGACUCCCAUGAAGCCCUGGGUGUGGUGAACACACUCUUCGAGAUCCUGGCCCCAGCCUCCCUGCGACCUGUGGACAUGCUCCUCCGGAGUAUGUUCGUCACCCCCGACACUAUGAGCUCGGUGAGCACAGUCCAGCUGUGGAUUGCUGGCAUCCUGUCCAUCCUGAGGGUUCUCAUUUCCCAGUCGACGGAAGACAUCGUCCUGUCUCGCAUCCAGGAGCUCUCCUUGUCCCCCUGCUUCAUCUCCUGCCCAGUCAUCAAUCGAUUGCGUGAGGGGGACCAGAGUCCCGUACCAGAGGAACAUGGAGAAGGCAGACAGCCCAAGAGCCUGCCUGAAGAAAUGUUCGCUAGGUUUCUGCUGCAGCUGGUUGGCAUCCUGCUCGAGGACAUUGGCACAAAGCAGCUGAGGGUAGACAUGAGCGAGCAGCAGCACACAUUCUACUGCCAGGAAUUGGGCACAUUGCUCAUGUGCCUUAUCCACAUCUUUAAGUCAGGGAUGUUCCGGAGGAUCACAGCUGCUGCCACGCGCCUCUUCACAGUCACAGGCACCGACAGCACCUUCUAUGGACUUGAGAGCCUGAAUGCGUGUGUGCGUGCCAUGGCGCCCACACACCCAGCACUUGUGCUGCUGUGGUGCCAGGUCCUACUGCUCGUCAGCCAUACAGACUACCGCUGGUGGGCGGAGGUGCAGCAGACCCCUAAAAGGCGCAGUCUGUCCAGCAUGAAGACCCUCGGCCUGCAGCUCUCUGGAGACGAGGAUAUAGACUCAGCAGCCCGACUAGGCGUGUGCAACCAAGAGAUCGUGCGGCGGGGUGCCCUCAUCCUCUUCUGUGACUAUGUGUGUCAGAACCUGCAUGACUCGGAGCACCUGACGUGGCUCAUCGUUAACCACAUUCAGGACCUGAUCAGCCUCUCCCACGAGCCACCCGUGCAGGACUUUAUCAGUGCCAUCCACCGCAACUCAGCAGCCAGUGGCCUCUUCAUUCAGGCCAUUCAGUCCCGUUGUGACAACCUAGCAUCGCCUGCUACCCUGAAGAAGACGCUGCAGUGCCUGGAGGGGAUCCACCUGAGCCAGUCAGGUGCUGUGCUCACGCUCUAUGUGGACAAGCUGCUCUGCACCCCGCUGCGUGUGCUGGCACGCAUGGUCGACACCCUGGCUUGUCGCCGGGUUGAAAUGCUACUGGCAGCAAAUCUACAGAGCAGUGCAGCGCAGCUGCCUGGCGAAGAAGUGAACCGCAUCCAGGAGCACCUGCAGAGCAGCGGGCUUGCCCAGAGACACCAGCGCCUCUACUCCCUGCUGGACAGGCUCCGCCUCACUGCAGCCCCCAGCUCCCUUGGCCCCGCUCCUCCACUCACGUCACACCCACUAGAUGGGGAAGGGCUGCUGGCACUGGAGACGGUGAACCCAGACAAGGACUGGUACAUCCGUCUGGUGAAAUCCCAGUGCUGGACCAGGUCCGAUUCUGCCCUGCUGGAAGGGGCGGAGCUGGUGAGCGGCAUCCCCGCUGGGGACCUGAGCCCGUUCAUGAUGGCCCCGGAGUUCAACGUCAGCCUUCUCGCCCCCUGCCUGGGCCUGGGUCUGCGUGAAAUUUCUGGGGGCCAGAAGAGCCCCCUUUUCGAAGCCGCUCAAAUGGUGACUCUGGAGCGUGUGGCCAGCAUGGUCCAGCAGCUCCCUGCUGUCCACCAAGUUUUCCAGCCCUUCCUGCCAGUGGAGCCUAAUGCCUACUGGAACAAGCUAGACGACCUAUUUGGGGACACUGCACUCUACUGCUCCUUGACCACCUUGGCCCGAGCACUGGCCCAAUACCUGCUAGCUGCUUCCAAGCUUCCUGGCCAUUUGCACCUUCCCCCAGAGAGGGAGGGUGACAUCGUGAAGUUCGUGGUGAUGGUUCUGGAGGCACUGGCAUGGCACCUGGUCCAUGAGCGCAUCCCGAUGAGCCUGGACCUGCAGGCUGGCCUGGAUUGCUGCUGCCUGGCUCUACAACUGCCCCGCCUGUGGAAUGUGGCCUCUUCCCCGGAGAUGGUCACCCACACCUGCUCCCUUAUUCAUUGUGUCCGCUGCCUCCUGGAAGCCAUUGUGGUUCAGCCUGGGGACCAGCUGCUGAGUCCAGACAGGACCGACAUUCCACACACUGUUGGAGCCAAUGUCAAUGCCAGUGUCCAGACCCCUGGGUACGUGGUGGCAGCUUGUGCGAUGAUGGCGGAAAUGGUGGAGUCCCUGCCAUCAGUGCUGGCCCUGGGCCACCAGAGGAGCAGCAGCGUGCCCGCCUUCCUCACACCUGUGCUCAGGAACAUCGUGGUCAGCCUGGCCCGCCUGCCCCUCGUCAACAGCUAUACCCGUGUUCCCCCGCUGGUGUGGAAGCUCGGCUGGUCCCCCAGACCAGGAGGAGAUUUCGGAACAUUGUACCCUGAGAUCCCUGUGGAGUUCUUGCAGGAGAAGGAAGUUCUCAAGGAUUUCAUCUACCGUGUUAACACUCUAGGGUGGACCAGCCGGACCCAGUUUGAGGAAACUUGGGCCUCCCUUCUCGGAGUCUUGGUGACACAGCCCCUGGUGAUGGAGCAGGAGGAGAGCCCACCAGAAGAGGACACAGAGAGGACCCAGAUCAACGUCCUGGCUGUGCAAGCCAUCAGCUCGCUGGUACUAAGCGCGAUGACGGUACCUGUGGCUGGCAACCCUGCUGUGAGCUGCUUGGAGCAGCAGCCGCGGAGCAAGCCCUUAAAGGCCCUCGACACCAGAUUUGGGAGGAAGCUGAGCAUCAUUCGAGGAAUCGUCGAGCAAGAAAUUCAGGCAAUGGUUUCAAAGAGAGAGAACCUCGCCACCCAUCACCUGUACCAGGCGUGGGAUCCCAUCCCAUCUCUGUCUCCUGCCACUACAGGUGUCCUCAUCAGCCAUGACAAUCUGCUCCUGCAGACCAACCCAGAGCGGGAGCUGGGCGACAUGAGCUACCAGCUGGGCCAGGUGUCCAUCCACUCUGUGUGGCUGGGGAACAACAUCACACCCCUGAGGGUGGAGGAGUGGGAGGAGGAAGAGGAGGAGGAGGAAGAGGCGACUGAUACACCCACCCCAGCCUCCCCACCUACAUCCCCCAUCAAUUCCAGAAAGCACCGGGCUGGUGUGGACAUCCACUCCUGUUCGCAGUUUCUCCUAGAGUUGUAUACACGCUGGAUCCUGCCUUCUAGUUCAGCCAGAAAGAUGCCCGUUAUCCUCAUUAGUGAAGUGGUGCGCUCUCUCCUCGUUGUGUCGGACCUGUUCACUGAACGCAGCCAGUUUGAGAUGAUGUACUCAACGCUGAUGGAGCUGCGGAGGGUGCACCCUGUGGAGGACGAGAUCCUGCUGCAGUACCUGGUGCCCGCCACUUGCAAGGCAGCUGCUGUGCUUGGCAUGGACAAAGCAGUGGCUGAGCCUGUCAGCAGGCUGCUGGAGAGUGCCCUGCGCAGUGGCCACCUGCCCAGCAAGAUCGGGGCACUGCAUGGUAUCCUCUAUGUGCUGGAGUGUGACCUACUAGACGACACAGCAAAGCAGCUUGUCCCACUCGUCAGCGACUAUGUGCUCACCACCCUCAAGGCUGUGGCUCCCUGUGUGAACAUUCACAGCCAGUGGCAUGUGCUGGUAACAUGUGCCACUGCCUUCUACCUGAUCGAGAACUACCCUUUGGACGUGGGGCCCGACUUCUCAGCCUCCGUCAUCCAGCUGUGUGGGGUAAUGUUGUCGGCUAGCGAGGAGGCCACCCCGUCCAGCGUCUACCACUGCGUGCUACGGGGCCUGGAGCGCCUCCUGCUGUCCGAGCAGCUUUCGCGACUUGAUGCCGAGUCCCUGGUGAAGCUAAGCGUGGACAGAAUCAACGUGCACAGCCCACACCGCGCACUGGCAGCCCUGGGCCUGAUGCUCACCUGCAUGUACACAGGGAAAGAGAAGAUGAGCCCAGGCAGGGCCUCAGCCCCCAGCCCCACGGCCCCAGACAGCGAGUCGGUGAUCGUGGCCAUGGAGCGAGUAUCUGUGCUUUUUGACAGGAUCCGGAAGGGCUUUCCUUGUGAGGCCCGCGUGGCAGCACGGAUCUUGCCUCAGUUUCUAGAUGACUUCUUCCCACCCCAGGACGUGAUGAAUAAGGUCAUUGGGGAGUUUCUGUCCAAUCAGCAGCCAUACCCGCAGUUCAUGGCCACCGUGGUGUACAAGGUCUUCCAGACACUGCACAACUCGGGCCAGUCAUCCAUGGUACGGGACUGGGUCAUGCUGUCGUUGUCCAACUUCACGCAGAGGACCCCAGUGGCCAUGGCCGUUUGGAGUCUCUCCUGCUUCUUCAUCAGCGCCUCCACCAGCCCCUGGGUGUCAGCCAUUCUCCCACAUGUGGUGAGCAGAAUGGGCAAACUGGAGCAGGUGGAUGUCAGCCUCUUCUGCUUGGUAGCUACUGACUUCUACAGGCGGCAGAUUGAGGAGGAGCUGGACCGCCGCGCCUUCCAAUCAGUGUUCGAGGUGGUGGCGGGCCCUGGAAGCCCUUACCAGCGGUUGCUCACAUGCCUGCAGAAGCUCCACAAGGACUCCACGUGCUGAGCUCCUGACCGCUGCACCCCACCUCCACACUGCACUCCUGACAGGCACCUGGACUGACUGAUGAGGCUGCGUGCAGGGAACGCAGCGUGUCUGCCCUGCCUGCUAGCGCACGUGCCCGGCCAGGUGCCCUACAUCUGCGUCUGGGACGCAGAAGCACCCCUGCCCACCCGGCCGGCCCCACAGCACUGCCUAUGGCUCCGUGAGGUCCAGAGCUGGGGAGGCUGGCACUCGGGUUGUUGUGGAGCCAGGAGCCUGGGCUCAGUGCCCCACUUCCCUUUCUCAGGAUUUGAACUUUAGUGAUAUCAGUAAAGAGAUUAAUUUUAAAGUA